AUGUCCGAUCUUCCAACCUUCCGCAACCUCACCCUCUCCCGCUACGGGAAUGUCUUCAUCAUUACCAUGCAGAAGCCGCCCGAGAACCGGCUGAACACAUGGUAUUGCCAGGAGCUUAUCCGCGCAUUCCGAACAGUCGAGAAGAUUCUUGGGCCUGACAGUGAAGGCGCUGUAAUCACGCGCGGGAGCGAUGCGAAGUUUUGGUGUACCGGGCUGGAACUCGAUGAGUCGGACACCAACCCGUUCGCCAAUUCGGACGGGUUCUAUCCGCUAGUGCAUACAGUCCUCGACUUCCCGUUUCCCACAAUUGCCCUGCUUACCGGCCACACCUUCGGCGGUGCCUGCCCCUUUGCAUUGGCACACGACUACCGCAUCAUGAACUCCAAGCGCGGCUUCUUCUCUAUGCCCCCAGUAAAUCUUGGGCUGCACUUUGACGGGAUUGGCUCGCUACCGCGGUUGAAGCUGCGUCCCGACAUCGCCGCAAAGAUGCUCCUCGAGGCGCAUCGGUGGACGGGGGAGGAGGCAUUGAGGGAUGGUAUUGUGCAUGCUAUUGCCGACCCAGACGAGAUGCUCGACGUUGCACUGGAGAUGGGAAGGAAGUGGGCGCCGAAAGCAAAGAUGGGGGUCUAUGCGGCGCUUCGAGCGGAGCUCUGGGGCGAGGCGAUUCGCAAGUUUCAGCAAAUCAGCUAUGUUCAUGGUCGAUUGACAAGUACUCCAGCGAAAGCGAAGAUAUAGUGUACUCAAAGAAUACUUCUACUACUUGCGGCUGCGGUCUCGCGAACGACGGAAGCAGCCAAAGAUAUACUCGUACUCUAUCUUACUACCAAUAACUCUUAUAAAACUCAUGCACUGAGCAAUUGACAAUAUACCAAUUA